GUUGAAUUUUGGUUCUAUAUUGAACAAUUUUCUCAAUCAAUAAUGGCUGAGGUGCUCAAUCACUAAUAUCGCCAUCUUUCUUUACUUAGUACCACCAUUUUUUUUUCCUUUACUUAGUUCUGCCAUUUUUUUCUUUUACUUAGUAUCACCAUUUUUUCCUCAAGUCCAUCUCUUCUCUAGUCUGUAUCUCAGUUAUCAGCAAGAAUGAGGUCCAUUGAAUCAGUCUAUGCUUAGAACAAAUGGUUCUGCAUAGAGACCAACGACUUCCAACUACAAUUUGAAUCAUUCAAGUGCGAGGAUCAAAUCAUCAUUUUCAUUCUGAGAGGACAUCCGAUGUGGUAUUCUUUUACACUGACCGACUCCAUCCCACAAGAGUAUCUCCAACAAUUUUGGGGAACACUCAACACAACAAGAACUGCCACUAGAGGGAGGUUUUGAACGCUAUCAUUUACGACACCCAAGUGCAUGCAAUUCACUAAAGAUCUCGUCCAGACUGUCCUCCGCAUCCCAACACAUGCUCAGUAUGAUGAGUUCCCCACUAACAACCAGAUUUACUCCGACAUUAUAAGAAUGGGCUAUAUUGCACCACUUCCUCUUAUCUCCAAUUUCAAACGCCAACAUGUGCCAAGGCCAUGGAGAACUCUAAUCUAUUUGCAAUCAUCAACAAAUGUCUCUCCGCGAAACACACUGGUUUUGACAGAGGAACAGGUAAGUCAGCAGCUGGAUUUUUACUUCGAGAUCACGCUGGAGCGGUAGUAGCGGCGGAAGGUUUCCCUCUGAGUGGAUCCGGCGAUUUGGAAGAGAAAGCGCUAGAGCGAGCUGCUCAGUGGGUGGAGACACUACGAUUGCCUAAUUUGGAAGUUGAAGGAUCUGUUUCUAGAUUGCAAGAGGAUGGGAGCAAAUUUUUGGGCUGUUUAAGUGGGCUGAGUUACUCCGUUGUCCCGGCCCAAGUCAAUCAAGCGGCGAUUCUGGUUGCUAAAAUGGGCCUAGAUGGUAAUUUUAUUUGGCAACAAGGGGAAGCUUUUACACCAAAACUACGGGGGUUAUUACAUUAGAUGCUUCUGAUAUGCCUUACAUCAUUUAAUCUGUCUGCUUUGUUUAUUUUGUUGUGGAAAAAAAAACAUUUGUGUGAUUUUAGUUGUAAUUGUAUUUUAAUCUUCAUUUAUAAGUUGUAAAAUAGAUUUAGGAUUUAUGGUGUUGGAAAAGAGGACUUUGAAGAGAAUAAAACAAGAAAUUUGAUUGCCCAGGAGCAAAACCCGACCGGGUAGAAAUCCCCACCCGGUCGGGUAAGAUUUAACAACCGAAGAAGCAAGGAAAUUGCCAGACCCGGUCGGGUCCCCUACUUGACCCGGUCGGGUCAGAUGUGACCCGGAACACCAGAACAUGCCGAAGAUCGCCAGAAUGUGGGAAAUAUUUGAUUUUGACAUUUACCCGGUCGGGUAUGUCCAUUUACCCGGUCGGGUAAAUGCCCCAGGGUGUUGAAAACACCUAUAAAU